UUGCGGGGAGGAGGCGUGGGGUCGUGUGCGAACAUUGCGGAUGUUUUGCAUCAUAUAAGGGGGUUUAGUUUGUUAACAGGACGGUUUUUAGAACGCCAAAUUACCUAAUCCAUGUACCAAUUUUAAGAAACUCGCGGGAUUGGGAGCCUUUUUAAACGCUCUACCCCUGACAUCAAGAUGCUGCCAAUGAAAGGCCUUGCCAGAGGAGCCAAGAGCAAGGUGUGCAAUUGGUGUCUGGAGCCUAAAAUGUCCUUGAAAUAUGUUCUUCCAACUCAGACAAGAAAAAAGGACUUCUGCUCUGAACUGUGCCUGACUGAAUACAGAAAGGCUUACAACAAGAGCGCGUGCGUCCACUGCGACGACGUGGUGCGCGGCGAGCCAGUGCGCGAGCCGGGCGAGGCGGGCCGCUCGCUGCUGUUCUGCUCGGCAGACUGUCGGGCCCGCCACCAGGCGGCUUCCAUCGCUUCCCCGCUGCUGCCCACCUUCGGCAACGGCUCCACACAAAAGCGAGCCCACCGUCCGUCGAUGGCGUCGAUGGCGAUGCAGGAGGCGAUCCAGCAGUUCGACUGGGAGGAGUACCUGCGCGAGACGGAGAGCCGGCCUGCGCCGCAGCAUUGCUUCAAGCAGCGCUCGCAGCCGCCCUCCAACGAGUUCCAGGCGGACAUGAAGCUGGAGGCGCUGGACCCGCGCAACGUCACCUCCACCUGCAUCGCCACCGUGGUGGGCGUGCUGGGGCCGCGGCUGCGGCUGCGGCUCGACGGCGGCGACAACAAGAACGACUUCUGGCGUCUGGUGGACUCUAACGAGAUCCAUCCCAUCGGUCACUGCGAGAAGCAUGACGGCAUGCUGCAGCCCCCGCUCGGUUUUCGCAUGAACGCCUCGUCGUGGCCAAUGUUCUUGCUGAAGACGCUAAACGGCGCAGAAAUGGCGCCCGAGAAGGCAUUCAAGAAGGAGCCUCCCACGCCCAGCCGCAACUUUUUCGAGGUCGGCAUGAAGCUGGAGGCCGUGGACAAGAAAAAUCCGCAGCUGAUCUGCGCCGGCACCGUCGGGGCCGUGACGGGUGAGAUGAUCCACAUCACGUUCGACGGCUGGCGCGGCGCGUUUGACUACUGGUGCCGGUUCGACUCGCGCGAUAUCUUCCCGGUGGGCUGGUGCAGCCGCAGCGGCCACCCGCUCCAGCCGCCCGGACAGAAAACGGCGGCUGUCAGCGCGCGCUACAAGGCGGCUCGGCUGAUAUGUGUGUACGUCAACCACGGCUGCACGUGCGGCCCGUACCUGGACGGCGCACGCGUGACGCAGUUGCCUGAGCGGUUCGGGCCGGGCAACUUGAACCGCGUGCUGCGCGAGUGCGUGCAGGCGUGCGUAGACGCGGCCCAGCGGCCGGCCCAGGUGCUCGGCCUUCUUCAGACCGGCGACGGCAAGGUCCAGAUCACAGCCGGCUCCGGCGGCCAGCAGCUGACCGCCCGUCUGCCAGCCAUCGAGAAGGACACCCAACUGUGGACCUUCCUCGAGGCGCUGUUCGAGGAGCUCAUGUGCUGUGAGAACUUCUACACGGCCGAACCGCACGGCGCCGGCUGCAGCAAGUGUGCGAAGGUGCCGCCCAAGACGACGGCGUCGGCGGCGACCCGUGCCACUGGCGGCGCCUCCCGCGCCCGCCACAGGUCGCCAGAACACCCGCCUGAGCCGCCGCCCUCGCGCCGGGCGGCCAAGCGGCGCUGGUCGUCGCACAGUUCGGACUGGCGCGCCUCGCGGCCGCGCUCCAGCACGCCCGAGUCGCACCACGCCGCCAAGCGGCACUCGACGUCACCAGAGGAGGAUGAAGCGGCCACUUCCACUUCGGAGGUGCCUACUCGUGCCCUGCUCUCGGUCGACCCGCACACCUGGACCAUCGACGAGGUCAUCCACUACAUAUCCCAGCACGACGCCACGCUCGGCCAGUACGCCGAGCUCUUCCAGAAGCACGAGAUUGACGGCAACGCGCUGCUGCUGCUCACGUCCGACAUCAUGAUGAAGUACAUGGGCCUAAAGCUGGGGCCGGCGCUGAAGAUCUGCAACAUUAUCGCCAAGAUUCAGACCGGGCGCGGACGGCGCCACGCCAGCCUCUCAUAGGCGGUCGGAGGGCGUGCUCCGACAAGCCACUCGAGUACCUGCCGCCACGGAUACCUCCCCGCCGCCGACCGGCCCCCUCCACUGAGCGGGGCGUGCUGUUGGCCUUGGGCGCACCGCGAUUCGGAGC